UCUAAAUCUCUCUCUCUCUCUCUCUCUCUCUCUCUCUCUCUCUCUCUCUCUCUCUCUUAUUCAAAUUCAAGUCCGGUUUCCUUUCUGGUGCUUCUCUUCUCUCUCACUUGAACCGAUAUUUUUCUUCUCGUCGAGUCUUGAACACGAGAAAGGAAGCUCCUUUGUACUCAUCUUCUGCUGGGUUUUCAAGAUCUUGUCUUGUGUUUAGUCUUGAAAACAAGAAAAGAAAGGGUCCUUUGUACUGAUACACGCUCUUGGGUCUUCAAGAGACUGGUGUUUGGGAGUAUUGAGCAUAAGAAAGGAAGCUCCUUUGAGCUGUUUUGGCACUUGGGUUUAUUCUUUGGGGGGUGGUGAAUAAAGGGGUGGUGAAAGGAAGAAGCUUUCGGCACAUAAUCAGAAGCUUUUCAGUGAGUAAAAUUAGGGUUUCGAAAUCUCUGGUGGGGGUGGGGGUAAGGGUGGGGGGUUCAAGUUAUGCGAACGGGAGGUUGUACAAUUCAACAGACACUCACUGCAGAGGCUGCUUCUGUGUUGAAGCACUCUCUCAACUUAGCCCGGAGGAGAGGCCAUGCUCAGGUCACUCCUCUCCAUGUUGCGGCUACUUUGCUCUCAUCAAGAACCAGUCUUCUGAGAAGGGCUUGCAUCAAAUCUCACCCUGGUUUCUCCUCUAACUACCAGUUCCCCCCUUCUCACCAUCAUCACCCAUUUCAGUGCAGAGCACUCGAGCUUUGCUUCAAUGUCGCCCUCAACAGGCUUCCGACUGUCCCUGGACCCAUGUUCCACGGACAGCCUUCGCUCGCCAACGCUCUCAUCGCGGCGCUGAAGAGAGCUCAAGCCCACCAGAGAAGAGGUUGCAUCGAACAGCAACAGCAGACGCAGCCCCAGCAGCAGCCGCCAUUGUUGACCAUCAAGGUCGAGCUUGAACAGCUCGUCAUAUCCAUUCUCGAUGACCCGAGUGUCAGUCGGGUCAUGAGAGAAGCUGGGUUCUCGAGCACCGCCGUCAAGAACUGCAUCGAGGAUUGCUCCGUCUCCACCGUUUUCUACGGCUCCUCUGUAGGAGUUUUCUCCUCUCCUUGCUCGCCUUCUUCGAACGACCAACAGAUAAACCGGUUUCAUCACCAAAACCCUAAGGAUGUGUACCAGCCGCUGAUAAACCCUAACACUUUCUGGCAAACUCAUUUCUCCAGUCUCUCUCCUCAGCAAAACCCACUUGUCAACAAGAAGCACUUCGUCGGGGACUCGCUGAAUUGCUUCAGAGAAGACGUGAAGCUGGUCGUUGAUGUUCUGCUGAGGAAUAAGAAGAGAAACCCAGUGAUCGUCGGUGACUCGGUGUCGUUCACCGAAGGGCUUGUCCGGGAGCUAAUGUCGAAGAUAGAGAGAGGAGACGUCGACCAUGGAGAUUUGAAGCAGACCCACUUCGUCAAGUUUCAGUUUUCACCGAUCGUGCUGAAGUUCAUGAGAAGAGAGGACGUGGAGACGAACGUAAGUGAACUGAGGAAGAAAGUCAUCUCUCUCACGUCGUGUGGCAAAGGUGUAAUUAUCUACACAGGUGACCUGAGAUGGACAGUAGGCGAAAAAGACAACAACAACAACAAUGGCGUCCAGAUUUCAUCUUCUUCGUCAUACAGCCCUUUGGAUCAUAUAGUGGAAGAACUGGGAAGAUUAAUCGCAGAAUAUAAUAAGAACAACGAAGAUGACAACGGUAACAUCAACAGUAGUAGCAUUAUCAGUGGUACUACUAAUUCAUCGAACAAGACAAGGGUUUGGGUUAUGGGAACAGCAUCUUACCAGACUUACAUGAGAUGUCAAAUGAGACAGCCUUCGCUCGAGACACUGUGGUCUCUUCAAGCUGUCUCUGUCCCUUCUGGUGGUCUUGGCCUCAGCCUUCAUGCAACCAGUGGAAACGAACCGAGGGUGAGUAAUAAUACUACAUCGCAGCAUGUUGGAGCAAAGCCAUUCGGUGGCAAAGCCGAGGAAGCUGCUGUCCUGAGCUGCUGUUCUGAAUGCGUCUCUAGCUAUGAAAGAGAGGCCAAGUCCUUCAAAUCCAACCAGGACAAGCUGUUGCCUUCAUGGCUCCAAUCUCACGGAGACACUUCCGUACACAAGCAGGAAGAGUUGAUUGGUUUAAGGAGAAAGUGGAACAGAUUUUGCCAAAGUUUGCACCAAGGAAGGACUGCUCAGAACGGUGAAUUGGAUCAGAGCAAUGACAUGCCUUAUCCAUGGUGGUCGAACCAGAACACUGUGUCUCCGGACUCUGCUUCUGCUUCUUUCGCUGACUCGAGUCUGAAGAAAAACAAACGAGGUCCCAAUCCCGUGGCGAAAUUCAGACGGCAAAACUCGUGCACCAUCGAGUUUGAUUUGGGCAGCGACUCGAGGAAAGAUGAGAGCGUAGCCGUCCAGAAGAAGUCGGAUCCUUUGGGUGAAACAGAAGGUACGGAUGUGAAGAUCACUCUUGAUCUCGGACAUUCACUCUUCUGGUCAGAUUCUGACAGAGAAACGAGGCAACUCAGCAUCUUGGCCAAGGCUUUGCAAGAGAAUAUCCCGUGGCAAAGUGAAAUUCUGAGUCCGAUGGCUGAAACCUUGAUGAAUAGCGUGUCGAGCAAGAAAGAUGCUUGGAUCAUGAUCAAUGGCAACGAUACCAGCGGAAAAAGAAGACUGGCUCUUGCUGUUUCAGAAUCCCUUUUUGGAUCUAUUGGUGUUCUUGUUCAUAUUGACCUGAGGAAAAGAGACGACAGAGCAAAUGCUAGAUCCAAAAUGCUCGCAGACGCAUUGGAGAAGCGCGAGAAUCUUGUUUUUCUCAUCGAAGACAUCGACUCGGCUGAUGCCCAGUUCCUGAAAUUACUCUCUGACAGAUUCUAUGAGAGCCAGGAACUCAAACAAGGCGUGGAUCAUCAAGCCAUCUUCAUUCUAACGAAGGAAGAUCAUGGCUCGGACGAUGGAAAACACCGAGACUAUGUUUUACAGAUGAGUCUGAAGAUCACAGAACAGAAUCCGGACCGCAAGAGAAAACCCGAGUCGGAUUCGUCGUCAAAGGAAGCGAAGAACCCUAGAACAGGGGAGACAGAUAAUGCGUUUAGCGUCAUCAAGAGAGAAGUCUUCUCGAGGCAAUCCAGCUUUAAUAGCUCUCUCGAUCUGAACAUAAAAGCAGAAGAGAGCGACGAAGAAGAAGCAUCGAAACCAGGCGAGAUCAGUCCGAUUUCGAGCGAUUUAACCGGAGACGAGACCCAAAUCUCUUCAACUGGCCUGUUUCUGGGUCGGAUCCGGAACCGAUUCGCGUUCGAACGCGAUCCAAAAGAGACGAGAGAUGCGUUCGCUGCGAAAAUAGGAGAGAUCUUCGGGGAGAUAUACAGGGGAGGAGCAGAAGGGGUUAGGUUUAGCAUCGAAGAGAAGGUGACGGAGGAAAUUUACAGAGGGUGCGGUAACUUUCUGAACGGUAAGUUCGAGAGUUGGGUAAAGGAGGUAAUUGGGAAAGGGUUACUGACGGUCAAAAGGGGAGGGAAAAAGGAUACGGGUGUAAUUAGGAUGGUUUUCGGGGGUAUAGUUGACAAACUACAUGGGGUUGAUGGUUACAUGGGUACAUGUCUUCCGAACUAUGUCCAAGUUUCCAAUAUCCACUAGAUUUCUAGUUUUUUUUUUUUUUGCUUUAAAUUUUUGUAAUGGGAAGGGGGCAUUUAUUUAAGUUUUUUUUGGUACUA